GUCAAUAGCCAUGGAUCCGUCCACCGUUCACUCCAAGAAGCUGAUGAUGUUCCGCACUCCGAACGAGGUCGAAGCACUGAAGAACCAGAUCUUCAUAUUCAACUCACCGAUUGACUACAAGGACCACAAGCUGAUUGUCUACCAAAAACCAGGAAUCCUUGCCAGUGACAAGGACUACGGCUACUGCGUUGUCUACAAGCGGGAUCAUUAUGUGAUCAACAAUCCGCCCAACUUCAAGAGUCCUACGAAGAGGAGCUUCCUCAACGAGUGCAUCCGUCAGUUGUAUCUGAUGAAUGGUAUGGGUCACAAGAUGUACUGGAGAACGACCAGUGCAAUGGCUUUGAGUACACCCGGCGAGGUGUGGCACCAGGUGAACAGCUGCCUCCUGCCAGAGAGACUUACACCCCACAAGGAAAGCCUAAAGCGUGUUAAGAGGCAGCUUUUCCGGGAUCCACGGGCAGACCGCAAGAACCCCAAGCCCAUUAAGGGCAAAGUCUGGGGCACCCAAGUCUUUUACUUUAAAUCGAUGCGGGAGAAGAUUGGCAGGAAGUACAUCCGCAGGGGUUAUCUAACCAUUGCCCGCCGGGAGGCACUCCAAGAGAUGAUCCGUGAGCAUUUGGCACGUGAAAUAGUUUGCGCUCCAACAGUUUGCCGGACGGUAAUCAGUGCCUCCGAUGGAAUCUUCAAUGUCAAUGCCGGCGUCAUCGGUGACAUCUGUAGUUAUCACAACAAUGCGGCACGUCAUCAGUCCGCCGUAGAGUGCCGUCUUACGGCCGGAGAAGCCCGUCUGCGAAACAAUGAAGCCUGUCGGCUGACUCAACGGGCCAAGCGUUUGGAGGCCAUGUUUAUACAUGAACAGGUCCGCCGGGCCAUACAAAACCACCAGCUCAUCCUCGAGGAGUCAGUGCGUUCCAUCUACUAUGCCAAGGAGCUGUUCCGCCUGAUUGAGGAUCACGAGGAGUUCGUCUACACGGACAACAAGAUCCUGGGCAAGGUUUAAUGGGCACCUUUUGACUGGCAUAGCCACUACUCUUUUUUUAACCUGAUUCCUUAAUAUGUAUUUGUAAUUAU